ACAGAAUCUGUGUGAGUUGACUUUAGGUUGGUUUGGUUUGGUUUGGAAAGAAAGAAAGAAGAAUGGAGGAAGGAGUGAGAAGAUGGGUAGUAGACAUAUCAAAAUGGAAUCCAAAACCCACUCAGUUCUCUUUCGCUCUUUCCCUUCUCCCUUCCCAACAACACUCUUCCAUUACCAGGUUUUUCAAAAUUGAAGACAGAAAAAGAGCACUUAUCAGUCAAAUGCUACAAUAUACCCUUCUAUAUGAUCUCAUCAAAAUCAAUAUUCCAUUCAUAAUUAAACGAACUUCACAAAACAAACCUUUUCUGGAUUUGUUAGAUUAUGAUAAAUUGGGUCUUACAAUAUUCCCAAAUUUUAAUUUCAAUGUAUCUCAUCAUGGUGAUUAUGUGGCCAUAGCAUCUGAACCUUUAUGUCUUGUGGGGAUAGACAUUGUUUCCUUUGAUAUACCACCUCAAGGAGAAACUGUUGCAGAAUUCAUUCGCUUUUUUUCAUCCUAUUUUUCGAGUUUGGAAUGGGAUAACAUUAUCAAUGCCGGCACUUCUAAUCAUGUGUUAAUUGAAUUUUACAAGUAUUGGAGCCUAAAAGAAGCAUAUGUCAAAGCCAUGGGGAGUGGACUUAUUGAAGGGUUGAACAAAGUGGAGUUUUCUCACACGAAUUGGACUAAUAUAUCAGCUACAAUGGAUGGGGAGGUUAUGGCUUUGUGGAGAUUUUGGUUGAUUGAACUUGGAGAAAGACACUGUGUGGCGAUUGCAAGAGGUCCUCCAAAAUCAGCUGAUAUUAGUUACAAAUCAACAUUGAAAAAAGUAGAGUUUACUGAAGAGGAAUAUAAUAUAGGUCUUCAUCUUCCAAAUGUAGACUUUGUGGAACUAAGUGUAGAACAACUUAUUUCAAUUUUACAGCAAUCAUUAUAUUGUGAACACAUAAGUUAGAUGUUAUUGUAAAUCUAAGAAGAAAUGCUAUAUAAUAAAAACAUUGACGAAAGAUAAUUUUGUAAAAUAUCUUUUAA